AUGAUUUCACAGCAACUCGAACAACAAAAGGAAUACGUCGCGUACAAAGAAGUGCAAUUAACGAAAAACGAUACAGUAUUAAAACAAACCGAAAAGGAACUUCAGAAAUGUCAACAAGAAAUCGACGAAUACGAGAGCCGAGUGGAAGGAAUGUCAAAUUUAUUAAAGAAGAAAAAUGAAGACGAAAAGUCGAUGAUAAUGACAUUGAAAUUAUUGCAGAAAAAAAUAGAAAAACUUCAGAAACAGAAUGAUGAAGGAAACAAAGACAAAAACAAACUCAUAAAUCAAAUGAAUAAACGCAACGAGGAGCUAUUAAGACAAAAAGAUGCUAAUGACAUAUUAAGAACAACAUUAGGCAAGGGAGAAGUGGAAUAUAAUAAAAGGAUUGACGAUAUUAGAUUGCUGAAAUCAGAAGUAAAGAGUUUGAGCGUUCAAAAAACCUUAUUGAUGAAAAACUUAUCCGAAAUAAAUGAUAUAAGAGGCGAAGUACUUAAAUAUGAGCAAAAACUAAACAGAGAACGUUUGAAAUGUCGGGCUCUAGAAGACAUGUUAAUCAAACCUACAAACGUACACCGUUGGAGAAUAUUAAAAAACACUGAUCCGCCGGCUUACGAGAUGGCUGCCAAAGUGAAAAUCCUUCAAAAACGGUUACUCGAACAAUGCACCAGAGUAUUCGACAAGGAUUUGCAAGUCCAAGAGAUGCAGACUAGGUAUGAAAAACUGAAAGAUGAAUUCAUUAAGCUACCAGGCAGAGAUAUCUUCAAAGAGAUGAACGAUAUCAAAAGAACUCUAUUAAAAAAAGACGACAAAAUGAGGAGCUUAUCCGGAGAAUUAAUUAUCAGUCAGCAGACAACAAAAGAGUGCAUGUUUGACUUGGAGAGAACAAAGAAAGACUUAAACGAAUUUAAAAAUAAAUAUUACGAACUGAAACGCGUUGUGACGAAAAUAAAUCUUAAAAACCAAAAUACUACAGCAUUAACCAAACCAGAUUCAACUCCAACGAGUUAUAGCAAAUUUUUGGAUAUGACUAUAUAG